CGGAGCUUGGCGUUUGCCCAAUCCAUCAGCCACUGGGCACACGUGGCAGGCCGAAGCACCCCCCGCUCCCCGAAGGAGAGAUUUGUAGCAGGUGCGAUACAAUGAGCACAAUGCUCUCUGCGCAAUCGAAGGCAUUGCAUUGCCAAAGCCAAACCACCAAACUUGGAAGAAGUCAGUGAGAUAAGUCGCAGUCGAAAAGUCUCUGAGAAUUCUUGAGCUGAGAAGAUCGAAAGCCGAGAGGGGUGUCUUCCCUCUUUGGUUGGAAUUGCUGAUGGAACUGUGUUAGCUUUUGCUGCUACAAGCAAGAAGAGAGAGAUAAUGAAGGGCCCGGUGCUUCGUAGGCCUUUGAUUUCGGGAGUGAAGCUUCCCUUGUUAGUUGGUGUGGACUCGUUGCCUUGCACUGCGACGUCGCCCGCAGUUCAAACCUCGUGUUCUCCUAGAUGGAGAGGAUUAUCAAGAACGAAACAAACAUGCAGCACAUUCCGAGCGCAAGCAUCCAAUGUAAGUAUUGGAUCGGGGGGAUAUGAAGGUAGGGAUGAAAAUGAAAAUCAGAAUGCCUUGGGAGAGAAUCCACCCGGAAGCAGUUCGUCAACAAUCAAGAAGAUCCCUAGCCAAAUUCCUUAUCCUCUCUCUGUUGCUUUGGUUCUCUUUGGAUGCGCUUUGGUAUUUUCAUUGAUUGUGUUUGUCAAAGGCAGACCUUCAUCACUAUUAGCUGCAAUCGCAAAGUCAGGCUUCACAGCUGCAUUCACAUUAAUAUUUGUUUCUGAAAUCGGGGAUAAGACAUUCUUCAUUGCUGCAUUAUUAGCCAUGCAAUACAGAAAGGGACUGGUUCUUUUAGGAUCAAUGGGUGCUCUUUCAUUAAUGACCAUCCUGUCUGUUGUGAUUGGAAAGAUAUUUCAGUCAGUACCUGCUCAGUUCCAGACUACCUUACCAAUUGGGGAAUAUGCUGCUGUGACUUUGCUUAUAUUCUUUGGUCUCAAAUCAAUAAAAGAUGCAUGGGAUAUUCCGUCAAAUGUAGAAAAGAGUGGAGAGAAGUGCAGUCCUGAACUAGAUGAAUACGUCGAAGCUGAAGAGCUUGUAAAAGAAAAGGUCGCCAAACGGCUUUCAAAUCCUCUUGAGAUUGUCUGGAAGUCCUUCAGCCUCAUAUUCUUUGCUGAAUGGGGAGAUCGUUCAAUGCUCGCAACAAUAGCCCUCGGUGCGGCACAGUCUCCAUGGGGAGUUGCGAGCGGAGCUAUUGUUGGACACCUUGUGGCAACAUCUAUUGCGAUUCUCGGGGGUGCAUUUCUAGCCAACUACAUAUCUGAAAAGCUUUAUAGUUUUGGUACCAACACAUCAGGCCUAAGAUGUGCACUGUACUGCCUACAGCUAGAUAAAUAAUGGUUGGCUAUUUGGGUGGAGUGCUGUUUCUUGUUUUUGCGAUAGCGACAUUCUUCGGAGUUUUCUAGAGGUUUUUAGACUGUUGAAAGAGUGAGCUCAGAGCUCGUGAGUUAUUGCUUGCGGAGCUUGGUUAGAGUGACAAGAUCUAAAUAGGCUGGAAAUAAAGGUGCUGAAGAUUAACCA